AUGGAUUUAUGGCGCGUGGUAGAGACAUUCAGAGAAUUCGGUUUACACCAAUUGAAUGAUCCACAAGCAAGUUUAGAUUAUGGUAGUACAUUUCGUUUACUAUCACGUAUUUAUUCACAUAUACCUACAACAAAUAUGAAUGUGAAUACCACAACUGAUGAAAAUACACCAAGUAACGCAAUCAAUCGACCUGCAAUAAUUAUUGCAGCAGAAAUCCUACUUGGUUGGCUUGGAUAUGCUUUGGACUUAUGUGCAACUGGCCGACUUAGCGUAACUGGACUAAAAAUAACCUUAUCAACAUUAACUAAUGCGAGGCCAGCUGAUAAAUUUCGAUAUCACUUCACUCUUUUGUCCGAUCCCUCUGGUGCAUUAAUUUUCUCGAAAUUCGAGGCUUAUCUUCAAGAUUUACUCAAAUUACCUAUAAGUGUUUUCGAAGGCACAAAUUUCUACUACACGCCACAAGCUUCACAAACAAUGUUUACUGGGCGUUCUAAAAACGUAGUCCUUGAAGAAUUUCUGGAUCGUAUGCUAUCGGAUCAAGGACCACAAAUAUUAGUAUGGCUUACGAUUUUUCACCGGUUAAUCAGUGUGGCGAGUGUCCGACAUAACGUACGAUGUGAGGGUUGCAAACGUGAACCGAUUUGCGGUCUACGCUACAAAUGUACUCGAUGUCCUCACUAUAAUUUGUGUCAAGAUUGUUUUUGGAUUGGCGUAACCACAGAUCAGCAUACAAAUGCACAUGAUGUGAAAGAAUAUAGUGCUGCCUCAAAAUCUCAUUCCCGUCAGUUUGGACAUUCUUUGAGAAAAUCGUUUCAAUUUGGACGGGCCAUUACUAACUCUACAACAUCAAAUGUUGUUACUACAUCUUUCACAAGUAGUUUCAGUGAACGUCAGAAAUUUUUUGGCAUGAAUGUUGCUCGUCGUCCUCAUGUAGGAUCUAUAUUCGAAUGGAAUUCAGACCCUUCUGUACCAACUGGCAUUAUUUCUUGCGUAAACGGGAUUGUUUCAGCUGUACAACCAUCUUCUGUAUCGAACGACAUUGCAACGGGUAUUUCUGCUGUAUGUCAUCCAAGCCAACCUGUUUCAAAUCAGAGAUUCAUGGCACCAGUGAAUACUAUUUGUAGUCCAUUGCCAAAUCGGCGCUUGCAACAGCUCAAUCCUUUAUUUUUAGCAACUCGACCGAGUACUAACUUACCUAAUCUCACAUAUGUACCUCCCCAACCUGUACAAGUUCAACCUUCCCCUAACAGUUUGAACGAAUCGAAUCAAGGAUCGAGUGGUGUUGCACGAAAUUUAGUGGCCGUUACCUGCUAUGCAAAUGUAAUGCAACAACAAGACAUGAUUACUGCAGACUAUACAAGAGCCGGACACAGUAUUUUAUAUUCUGAUGUACCUCCUGGUUCACACAUGCCCAAUCUGUCAGGAGCAAAUCAUCAACCAUUACCUAUAUCAUGUUAUUCUCAACCUACCACAGACAUUUAUUCAAUUGGUGGUAAUCAAAAAUAUCAAUUAGCUACUACAACAACUGGACAGCCAGCUAUACAAUCUACUCCCAUAGUAUCUGUGAUUAAUAGCGAUAAUUUGAAUAAUUCAAGUAUGGGAGCUAGUUUCUCGUUGAAAACGCACAAUCUUGAUCAAAAAUCUAAUGAAGAACAUAAUUUAAUUGCUAGAUAUGCUGCUCAGUUAGCUGCUGCUUCAGCGUUAAACCAAGAAUUCGAUAAAUUCGGUGAUUUUGUUGAGUCAACACAAACUCAAAAACAAUUAAUCGCUCAACUACAAGAAAAAAACAGAAAAAUACUAAAAGAGAUUGAACGAUUACGAGUUGAACAACAAAAACAAGCAGCAUUUAUUGCUGCUGCUGGUUCCCUCAAACAUGAUUCUUCUGAGUUACAAGAUGUUUGUGACGAAGGUGCUGGUACACUUAGUCCGACAAAUUUAAAACAGUACUUAAAAACAGAUAAUUUAUUGGCCUCCGGAGUUGGCAAUUCAGUGAAUUCAGAAAAUCCUCGUUUGGUUGCUGAUCUACAGGCGCUUCGCCAAAGAAAAGAUGAACUGGAGUCGAGAAUGAGUAAUCUUCAGCGUAGUCGAACAGAUUUGAUGUUACAGUUGGAAGCAUUAGUAAGACUUUUAUCUGUCAGUACAGGAGCUACUAAUGCACGUGACAAUAAUCCUUCAGCGUUACUUGAUCUAAAUGAUAUUCGCCGAACAGGCCACAAUUCCCGACUAAAUCAAAAAGUUCCAGAUUAUCCACCAAGACGAAGUACAAGUUUAUGUGACCCAUCAGUUGGAAGAAGUUAUCAAGACAAUUUCUCUGCAGAAAGUAGGCAUGAUAGAACGAAUGGUGUUCAUCCGAAACCCGGUUCCUCGGAUAAUAUGAGUAAAAUAUUUUCCCCUUUAAAAACAAUUACGAUUGAAGAAAAAGGCGGACAAUGGAAUUUUAAAUUUCCUGAUGAUAAAAAGCAUGAAUUACACUCACCUUCAUCUAUUCCGUACAGACAUUCGCCUGAACUUGGUCAACAACGACCAUCAGAUACUCUGAUUGAAAAGUACAAAGAUUUAUUAUAUAAAGGGACAAAUCCACAAAUUGGAGCAUCAAAAUCAUUAAGAGUGCAUUUCGGUGGGCGAAGACCCGAUAUAGGACAGACCUUAUCAGCUGAUGAUAAAACUGAGUUUUUUGGUCAUAAUUCAGUAAAUGUGAACAGAUUGUCAUCAAAUCAUUCAUCACAACAUACAAAUCACUCGGACAGCGGAUCGGAUGCAUAUUUAUACUCAGAUCCUGAAUUAUGCUUUACAGUCAUCACAUCUACCUGCGGUUCAUCACAAUCUAGCACUUCAGUACCACAAAGAACAUUACAAUUACCACAAUUCCACUCUAUAACUCCAUCAGCUGCUAAAACUUCAAAUAAAUCCAAAGAUUUUCUAGACCUUUUAAACGAUAAAAUUAUAACAACAACUACAAUUGUAGAUAAUUAUGAAUACGCUGGUUUACAGUCAUCAUCAAUCUCACCAUUAUCAUUUUCGUCAAAUGAACACACUAAACAUUUCAGAACUAACUUAGCGAAACAGUAUUCAGCAGUUACUGUGAUCAAACUGAAUAUAUAUGUAUAUAAAAUAGGACAAAAUAAUUGA